AUGGACGGUGAGGUUCUCCUCUCUCCUCUCCCUACCUUAAACAGUUUAAUCUUUAAAUAUCUGGAUUAUCACAGACUCUUAAAUUGACGUACUCUAUCAUUUUUUCUUGCACUGUGUUUUUUUUGUAGAUGGAAGCAAACAGCCACACACAUUUGGGGGUGGACAACAGAGAGCCCACCACCCCAGGCCUUUUUUCUACGUCCAGCCGCCAUCUCAACCUUACUACCUCUACCAGCAUUGGCAGAUGAGCAACCCAUACAGUCACUAUGGUUUACCUGGAGGUAGAAAACUAAACUACAACUUGAAAUAUAGUUUAUUUCAACUCCAUAUGUGGCUGAAAAAAGUGCAGAGACAGUUGUUGAACCUUGAAAUAUGCUCAUUUUAGAUUUGAUUUCAGCAACAUGCUUAUAAAAGUUGUGAUAGGGCUUGUUUACCAUCCUGUUGUAUCCUCUCCAAGUUGGGUACUGGUUGUAAAUGAAUCACCUGAGAUCUCACUGUUUGUGUUUCUGCUCCUCAGGUUUUAACUUUAAUCGUCCCUGCUUGAACCCGUACCAGUACAUGCAGUAUCCUGGGUUUGUUUUCCCACACGCUCCUGUUUAUCCCACGGACUACAGACGCAUGUUCGAACCUCGCUACCACGCCCCUCCGACCUGGAGUGAUGUCCCCCGCCAGCAGCAUCACCUGCAGCCUCAGGGGCGCAGAGAGACGGCCUGUUCGGAGGCUCAAACCGACCCGAGCGACGCCAUCACCAAACUCAUAGAGUGCCUGGACAAAAUCCGAGCCGGCGAGCUGCAGGGCGCUGAGAGGGAGCUGGACUCAGGUGUUGCCUCGCAGUCCUCGGGGAUGUUUUCUCCUGCAGAGGAGAAGAAAGGUGAGGAGCAGGGUCAUGUGCUGCCCUCAGCAGCUGAAAUUAGUCAUUUAGUGUCUCCAGCUGUGACUUUCAGUGACUCGACAGCAGCUGUGUACGAUGGAGAUUCUAGCCAGAGAAGCCUAGAAGGUCUGAGUCCUCAUGCAUGCUGGUCUGGAGGUCUGGAAGAUCCUCUUGAUAGCUCUUCAGUCCAUGAGAACAGUCCUGAUCUGGAGCAGGCUGCACCAGAUGAGCACUUUUUUCCCUUUAAGAGGGAGGAGAUCACAGAUAUCCAGUCAGAUAUCUCAGUGAGCGAUCCGAGUGCUCAGAAAUAUGGCUGCAAAGAGCUCCAGAAGGCCAAAGUGGAUCCAAAACCCACAUUGUUGUCUCCUUCUGCUUCCAAAGAUGUGAAAAGUUUUGACAAAUCCACGAGGACAGGUCACAAGAAAGCAGAUCCAAGCUUCAAGAUCCUGAGGCUUCCUUUUGAAGGCACCCUGGACUCUGGAGAAGCAGCAGCAGCCUCUCACCUUCCCUCCCCAGCUGCUCCCUAUUAUUACAACUACCUCUCCAUGCACAACACCCACGAGCGCAUGAGCGUCCUCAGCCCCUCUCUGGAUGAGCUCUCCUCCAGGGAUGAGAUGUUCUCCACAGAUCUGGAUGAUGCAGAUCUCUUCCCCAAACACGUGUACACAGGCAGGAGACUCACAGAGGUGGUCAGCGGGUCUCCCCGUGCUGCAGGGGACGUGGAGGAGGCGUGGUUGCAGGGCUCAAAGAAGGUCUUGUGCACCUGCUGUGGGAAAAGUCUGGCGAAAGGAGCGAGUAGGAGCAAAGUGCACGGAGCAAAGACGUACAGGGAUGAAGCUGGAGACUCUGAGGAGGAGGGCCGGUACGGGAGAGGGUGUGAGCAGCCCGUCAGAGUGGUUGUGAGGAAGCAUUCAGCACCCAGGAAGACCCACCCAGUCCCUCUGAGACAUGCUGCAAAACCGUGGUACAAAAGACACCAGUACAAAGACCCGUCUGACCUCUUAAAUCAGGAGGACGAACACGAUGUGUGCAAGCAGGAUGCAGCUGAUGGUGAGCUGACGGAGGCGGCUGCUGCUGAGCUGCAGUGCAGGACAUGUCAGGGUAAGUCUUCAGUCCACUUCAGCAGCUCAUGUUUAAACCUGCUCUGAGUAUGAACUGUGUUUGCAGACAGAGUCUGCAGAGAAGACCUGAGCACGUCAGACCAGGGCAGGAGGGGGGACGGCGACGUGAUCCCCAGGAGGAGACAAACUGCACUCCUGCAGCGACAAGGUUACGCUAAACCAUCAAGUUUGUUGUUAUUUCAUGAUCAAGAUCAGUGACAGACACAAUGACUAAGAAGCAACACGUGAUUAAAACCAUCUCAAUGUUUUCUCUUUGCUCCUCUUCACAGAAAUGGGCUCUCAGAGGAAAGUGAUGUACCACAGGCCACGAGACGAGGACAACGACGAUGACGAGCCGCCUCCUUCACACUGGGACAGAGGUUAAAAUCUGAUCUUCUGUCACUCAACUUUGAACUCUGAGUUUUCUAUUAAUGUGAUCAGUGGUUGAGUUGUGAAAAAAAUCAGGGGUGGUGGUGGAUUUUAUUGUUUGGGAUGGAUAUUUUGUUCUGAUGACAGUGCACAUAGUGGGAAACCAACUGUGUACCCAUUUUAUUCUUACUAAAGCACAAAAAUAACUAUUAUAUUACAUUAUCCCUCAGAUUGAGCCGUCCAUGUCACUUGAUACUGAUACUGAAAUUACAACAGCAUCACCAGCGCUGCCCACUGAUAUCAUUUUUCUGAAAAAGAGGGAAAAAAAUGUGAUUUUCACAGAUGCUGCCUCACCCAGAGUAUUUUACUAAAUAUGCACAAAGCCCCCUGUCGCGGGGUUCUCAUGCAAACAAUCAAAAUAUUGUGGAAAAACACAGACGUAGUGGAAAACAUGAUGAUGGUGAUAUUUAUUUACAGCUGGCCUUCCAAGGUGCAGUGCAAAAAUAUUCACAAAAAUGAAAAAAAAAAAAAAAUAGUCGAAUACUAUUUACAAUAUGUAAAAGGCAAAAAAGAAAAUACCAACAAGGCAGAAGCUCCACUAUAACUCUAAAACUAAAAACACAGCAGCACUACAAAAGUCAGUUUGGCAGUUACUGGUCAUGCAACGAACUCCAAUCUCAAAGAAAGGCCCAGGAAGCCCUCUGUUAAACCCCCCUCUAGCCCCUCUUAGUGGACGUUAUUAAUUACUUAAGUUUAAAAAAAACUCAUUUAUUCACUUAAGAUCUUUUCUGUUAAUUUUUGCCAGUUUAACUAAGUUUUUACACAAAUCAAUAGAGCAUAAACUUUUAGGGAUUUAUGGCAAACAACAAAGGAAUUGAUUUUUCUUGCAUCAUGUGACCACUUUGACCCUCCAUACCCACCUAUUUCACACCCGGAAAUCAUUCCCUCUGUUUCCUCCUUUGGAAACAUGAUCCGGCAUGAUGACGUGAAUGGACGCCCUGCAAGUAAGUGGAGGGAUGAAUAUCUAUGUGAAUGUAUGUUUAAGUGAACUGAUAGCGCUCAAAGUGUGCAACAUUGGUUACCCAAUCCAACAGAGAAGGAAGAAGUAUCGCUGUUUGGCGCGUAAUUAGCGACGCUGGCGGGCAGGGAAAUGUUUGGCGCGUCUGUGGGUGUGUGUCUAUGCGCUCCCCGCGGUCAGUGAGGACACGGCUCCUUCAUAUAUUCCUAAUGUUAAAAUAGAAGUAACAUUUCCACAUUCAUGGACAAAAAUGGCUCAAGGAAUGGAAAGUUGAAGGGGGAUGAUUUUGACCAUUUUCAUGCCAUUCCCCCUCAACUCGAGUACUGACUGUGACACCUUUCAUAUCUGUUUCUCAGGCUCCACCAUGAGAGGAGAACCAAGAUGUUGA